AUUAGUCUGACAGUGCCAAGGCCUUCCAAACUCAACUUUAUUGCCCGGCCGCGAAUUACCUUUAUUUCCGAUUUUUCCAUAUUUUGAUUGGGUUUUCUUGACAAUAUGGGUGACCAAAACUCUGACGAUGACAGUGGUUCCUCCGGUUCCAGUCGCAGUGGCAGCCGCAGUGUCACGCCGCAAGGAGGCAGUGCGCCCGGGUCGCCCCGUAGCCGUAAGUCUGGGAGUGGCAGCCGCAGUGUCACGCCGCAAGGAGGCAGUGCACCCGGGUCCCCUCGCAGCCGAAAGUCGGGCAGUGGCAGUCGCAGUGUCACACCGCAAGGAGGCAGUGCACCCGGAUCCCCUCGCAGCCCCAAGUCGGGCAGUGGCAGCGACCGAUCCCGCUCGGGCUCCAGAUCAUCCAGAUCACCUUCCCCUCAAAGUCAGAAGUCGGGAUCGCCUCAGAGUCGUAGAUCAGGCUCCGCUCAUAGUCGUAGAUCAGGCUCCGCUCAUAGUCGCAGAUCAGGAUCCGUUCAUAGUCGCAGAUCCGGCACCCCUCAAAGUCACAAGUCUGGAUCGCCCCAAAGCCGUCGGUCGGGCUCCCGACAAAGUCGUAGAUCAGGAUCUCCUCGCAGCCAAAGAUCCGGAUCCGCUCGCAGUCGCAAAUCCGGCUCGGCACAUAGCGCUAGAUCUCGAUCCCGCUCCCGCAGUGGCACACACAAGGGCAGUGGCAACGAGGAAUCCCGCUCCAAUUCGCCCAACCUGCAGAUUGACGAUGAGCGUGCCAACUCCAAGAGCGGCAGUCGUAGCAGAAGUAGGAGCAGGAGUGGCAGUCGCACUUCCAGGUCGCGCUCCAAGACGGGCACGCCUUCACCCGCCAGAAGCCGCAGCCGCAGUGGAUCUGGUUCCGGCAGCGACAUUGGCGUGCCCAAGAAAAAGGCACGCAAGGCCAGUGGCUCGGAUCAGGAGAAGCACAAGAGCGGAAGCGAUAGCGAAAUGGAGGAAUCGCCCACCAAGGCGAAGAAGUCGCGGCUGAUCGACUCAGACAGCGAGUCCGAUCAGGAGGAGGCAAAGAAAGCCCCUGCCGCAGCUGACAUCUUCGGAGAUGCCGACGAUAUUAGUGACGAUGAGGAGGAGGCUGGACCAUCCCAGGCUAAGUCCCCCACCCGCUCCAAGAGUCGCAGUCGAAGCAGGUCUCGAUCCCGCAGUCGUUCGAUGAGCCGCUCGCGUUCCCGCUCAAGGUCGCGAUCUCGGGAUAGAGUCGAGUCUCAGGUGGAGCAGGCGCCCAAGGAAGAUGAGCCUGAACCGUUGCCCGAGACCCGAAUCGACGUGGAGAUUCCUCGCAUCUCAGCGGAUCUUGGAAAAGAGCAACACUUCAUUAAACUGCCCAACUUCUUGUCGGUGGUCACUCAUCCUUUUGACCCGGAGACCUACGAAGAUGAGAUAGAUGAGGAGGAAACCAUGGACGAGGAGGGAAGGCAGCGCAUCAAGCUCAAGGUGAGCAACACUAUUCGCUGGCGUGAAUUCAUGGACAACAAGGGCGACAUGGUGCGAGAGUCGAAUGCGCGAUUCGUGCGCUGGUCCGACGGGAGCAUGUCCCUUCACUUGGGCAACGAGAUCUUCGACGCUUACAGACAGCCGCUACUGGGAGACCAUAACCAUCUGUUCAUCCGCCAGGGAACUGGUCUGCAGGGCCAGUCGGUGUUCAGGACCAAGCUCACCUUCCGUCCACAUUCCACGGAGUCGUUCACGCACAAGAAGAUGACCAUGUCAUUGGCCGAUCGUUCCAGCAAGACCAGCGGCAUUAAGAUCCUGACACAGGUGGGCAAGGACCCCACUACGGACAGGCGUGGGCAGCUCAAGGAGGAGGAGGCCAAGUUGCGCCAGGCGAUGCGCAACCAACACAAAGCGCAGCCCAAGAAGAAGAAAUCGGGGGCAGGCGAACCGCUAAUCGGAGGCGGCACCUCAUCGUACCAGCACGACGACGGCAGCGAUGAUGAAAAUGCCAUAAGUUUGAGCGCCAUAAAGAACCGAUACAAGAAGGGCUCCGGUGGUGGCCCGGCGGAGGUGAAGGCAUCCACGAUCUACUCCUCGGAUGAGGACGAAGGCUCCGACUUCGAGGCGCGGCGCAGCAAGAAGGUGGACAAGGCCAAGGCCAGCAAGGCACUGCGCGACUCCGACAGCGAAUCCGAUGCUGGCAGCGCCAAGAGCGGCAAGAGUGACAAGAGCGGUGGAGGAGGCAGCGGCAGCGGAAGCGAUAACGAGGGCAGCCAGAAGAGCGGCGGUGGCAGCAGCAAGUCGGGCAGUGGAAGCGGUAGUGGCAGUGGCUCCGGCAGCGGAUCGGGAAGCGACAACGAUGAUUAGGUUGGUCCAGUUCGUUUGUGUUCCUUGAGUCGACCAAUAAAAGAUAUUUACAAUGUUUA